GACAUGCCGGCUCUCGAGACUUCAUAGCCCCUGGACCGGGGGCCCUCUCGGUGCCCGACUCUUGUCCCAAGAAAAGCGGGCAACGGAAACGCACUUCGGGUUUGAAACGGUGUCUGAAGAGGAGAAGGGGGGCAAAGCUGUCCCAGAUUCCACAUUCCAUCUUGAUCCAAUGGAGAAGAUCCUUCCACGGUGUGACAUGAUCUGCCAUUGGUCUGCCAUCACAUUGUACCUGAGGUUCUUCCAGAAAUGAAGUCCGGGAUGAGCUGAGGUCUUCCACUCCAUUUGUCACGUGUCUUCCUAAUGGAUUUUGUUGUCUUUUAUUAUGAGAGCUAUUUGAAAAAUUAUUCCAAUCGCCCCCCUCUGCCUCCUCUAAGAAACAGAAUCACUUAUUUAGUACCAAAUAUGUGCAUGACAUUAUUAUGAGGUAAGGGUCCUAGAUAAAGGUAACAGAGAUAGCAGAAAAGAAUUGGAUUUCUCAUAUGAAGUACUUUUUUAAAAAAUGCAAUUUUAUUGAGAUAUAUCCACAUAACAAUCAUCCAAAGUGUACAACCAGAUGUUCACAGUGUCAUCAUAUAGUUGUGCAUUCAACACCACAAUCAAUCUUUGAACAUUUUCAUUACUCCAAAAAAUAAAAUUAAAAUAAAAAAGAACAACAUGAAGUACUUUAAAGCCUCUUUUUAAAGACAUAAUGUUAAGCUUUAGAUUUGGGCAUCAAAUUAUGCCUUAGCUUCACCUUGCAAAGGCAGGCAAUUUCAGGAGGGAAAAAAAAGGUUCCUGCUUUUUCAUGUAGGACUUGUCCAAGUUAAUCCUAUUACCAGCACCAUUGUGUUGUGUCUCUCCCAUGUCAGUGUACCAGGUGUUUGAAAAUGUGGCCAAGAAGUACGAUGUGAUGAAUGAUAUGAUGAGUCUUGGUAUCCAUCGUGUUUGGAAGGAUUUGCUGCUCUCGAAGAUGCGCCCGUUUCCUGGGACCCAGCUGCUUGAUGUUGCUGGAGGCACAGGUGACAUUGCAUUCCGGUUCCUUAAUUAUAUUCAGGCACAAUACCAGGGAAAACAGAAGAGGCAGUUAAGGGCCCAACAAAAUUUAUCCUGGGAAGAAAUUGCCAAAAAGUACCAGAAUGAAGAGGACUCCUUGGGUGGUUCCCGUGUUAUGAUCUGUGACAUCAACAAGGAGAUGCUAAAAGUUGGAAAGCAGAAAGCCCAUGCUCAAGGAUACAAAGCUGGGCUUACUUGGGUUUUGGGAGAUGCUGAAGAGCUGCCCUUUGAUGACAACAAGUUUGAUGUUUACACCAUUGCCUUUGGGAUCCGGAAUGUCACACACAUUGAUCGGGCACUCCAGGAAGCCCAUCGGGUCCUGAAACAAGGAGGACGGUUUCUCUGUCUGGAGUUUAGCCAAGUGAACAAUCCCCUCAUAUCCAGACUGUAUGAUCUGUAUAGCUUUCAGGUCAUUCCUGUCCUAGGAGAGGUCAUUGCAGGAGACUGGAAGUCCUACCAGUACCUUGUAGAGAGCAUCCGACGGUUCCCAGCCCAGGAGGAGUUCAAGUUGAUGAUAGAAGAUGCAGGUUUCCAGAAAGUGAUGUAUGAAAGUCUAACAUCAGGCAUUGUGGCCAUUCAUUCUGGCUUCAAACUGUAACUCCCUUCUGAUCUUCGUGUUAACCAGUGACAUCCUGAUGAAAGUCUGGAACUGGAGGAUAAUCUGACUGAGAUCAGCAGCAGAACGUCUCCUCUUAGGGGUGUGUGCCGUGGACUCAAGCUCUGACGUGACCAACCUCAAAGUGGAAGAAGUAAAUUCCUUUCAUUUUAUUGCAGCUUCCAUUAAGAGCUGCUUCAGGCCUUCUUCCAGGGGUAUUUGGUCGUUUUUUUUGUUUUGUUUUGUUUUUGUUCUUUUAUCAAUUCCUGCUAAUUUUUCUUGGAUGUGCAAAAUGUGAUUGAGGUAAAAAAAAAAAAAAAAAAACACACAAAAAAAAACACAAAAAAACAGCACUAAACCUUAGGUUUUAAAUAUUUUUGUAGCUUCUCUGUCAAUGUUGCCUUUCAGAGGGAUAACAGAUCAUUUGAAUCCAAUCAUCGAACCAGGAAGUUUCCUGUUCCUGAGUCAAUUUUUCUUCUGAGUCUGGGGCCAAAAGCCAAGAACCAAAUCAGAGGGCUAAUGAUAACUACUGGAGUAGUGUUCUAAACUAGUAAAUGAGUUUAUGAUUUGCAA